AUGUCUCUCAUAGAUCUUCUUGCGGAAUUCAAAGAGAAGGAGGGCGAAUCUGAUAUCCUCAAAGCGAACUGGUACACCAUUGCGACGACUGCCCUCGCUGCUUCAUCUGCUGGCCAGGAGGUCGUGAAGCUCUAUCGCUUUGCGACCAAGGACUUGGACCUCGAGAAGCAGAAGCUAGUCCAGCGACGUAUCAAAGAAGCCGUCAUCAAGACCAGUGUCUUGUAUGGAGGACCGAAAGCUUUGCAUGCGCUGUUUCCGCUGUUCAAAGAUCUGAAGGAGGAAGAGAUCGAUUCUUACGGUCCAAGGUACGAAUCUCUCAACGACCCGAACGCCGCAGACAACCGCAAAGAAAAAGGUCGCCGUUUCUUUGAGAAACUCUGGACUCCAGCAGCCGCCCAAGCGAAUCUUGACUUCAACAAGAAAUACGCCCCUGACCUCUACCUGAUGACUUUGAACAGCCUGGAGUGGUACGUCUCUGAAGACGCUAUCCUCAACUUCGUCGAGACUGAAUUGGUCAACGCUGCGGCUCUGACGUGUUCGAAUUGUCCGAUGCAGGCGAUGUGGCAUACUCGCGGUAUCGUCAGGCAUGGAGGAACGAUUGAGCAGGCGAGGUUUGCACAGGAGGUUGCGUUGAAGAUUGCUGAGAUGUAUGGGGCGAAGACGGGGGAGAUUACGACGGUGGAUGAGAUUGAUUUCGAUGAUGAGGGAUCGCAUGCGGAGAUGCCGGAAGGGUGA